AUGACAACCCCCUUCCCCCCACCCCCAACCCGCUCCAUCGACUGGACCAACAUCGGCUUCAAAGUGCGCGACGUAAACUACCACGUCGAAUGCACCUACACCCCCCAAACCCACACCUGGAGCACCCCCCAACUAAUCAAAUCCCCGCACCUCUCCAUCCACGGCCUCUCCCCAGCCCUAAACUACGGCCAACAAGCCUACGAAGGCCUGAAAGCCUUUCGCCAUGCCACCACCACCACAACUACCAACGAUAACAGCAGCAGAAAUGACAAAAUAACCAUAUUCCGCCCAACCCUCAACGCCACCCGCCUCGCCCACUCCUCCACCAUCCUCUCCAUCCCCCCAAUCCCAACCCCCAUCUUCCUCUCAGCCGUGAACCUGGCCGUGGCCUCCAACGCCGAAUACGUCCCACCGCACCACACAACGCUCACACCCACGUCAGGAGAGAAACCGGGAGUCUCAGCGCUCUACAUCCGGCCCCUCGUCUUCGGCUCCAGUCCCCAAAUCUCCCUAACGCCCCCCGAAACAUUCACCUUCGCCGUCUUCGUGACCCCGACAGGCCUGUACCACGGGAUAUCCGCCGUGGACGCGCUGAUCCUCGAAGAGUACGAUCGCACGGCCCCAAAGGGAACAGGGAGCGCCAAAGCGGGGGGCAACUAUGCUCCAGUGCAACGACAUAGCAUGGCAGCUUACAAAGAGGGGUAUGGGAUAACGUUGCAUUUGGAUAGUAAGACGCGGACGGAGGUGGAUGAGUUUUCGACGAGUGCGUUUAUUGGGGUGAAAUAUAACAAUAAUGGGGAGGGGGAGGGGAAAGUGACGCUCGUGCAGCCGGAUAGCGUGAACGUGAUUGACUCGGUGACUGCGGCGUCGGUGUUGGAGAUCGGGGAGAAGAUGCUGGGGUAUACGGUGGAGAAGAGAAGCGUCAAGUAUGAGGAGAUUAGGGAGUUUGAUGAGGUGAUUGCGGCGGGGACGGCGGCGGGGUUGGUUCCUGUUAGGAGUAUUACGAUGAAGAGUAAGGGGGAUAAGUGGGGGUUUGAGUGUGGUGGUGAAAAGGGGGAAGGGGGCCCGGUGUGUAGGAAGUUGUUGGGGUUGUUGCAGGGGAUUCAGACGGGGGAGGUGGAGGAUGUGUUUGGGUGGAAUUGGGUGGUUAGGGAGGUGGAGGGGGUUAUGGGGAAGGGAGGGAGUGGGGGUGGGAAAGGAGAAUGCGGUUAA